GAAAUUUAACUUUUAAACAUCUGGUUUAUUUUUGUUGAUACAUAUUCUCAGAUAAAAUUAGAAGUUCAUAAUUACUUUUUGGUUUAUCUACCUCAUUUGUAAAAAUUUAUAUUAUUUGUUACAUGAUGAUGUCAUUUCCUGUUUGGUCACUUCCUGUCAGUUGUUCCUGGUCCUACUUGAAAACAUGAGACAGUCAUCGUGUGCUCUCACUUUCAAUCUAUUGCAUCCACUUUAAUACUUCAUAGAGGCAAUGCCUUUUCACCGCAACAUGUUUAUGAAAAGAGAGUGACAGUAAAUGAUCAACCUUACUACGACUCUGUCUUCAUUGGCUGUGGUUUAACUUGGUGUUUAGUCAGAGUUUCAACACACUGCACGAGAACACUAUAGUGAAAAGGCACCAUUUGAUGUUUAAAGUGGAUAAGAUGGCAGCAAACAGCAAGUCGUCUGUGUACAGCGCUAGAAGUGGCAAGUCAUCCACGUCAUCUACGAGCGCAGCUCACGCCCGGGCCAGAGCUGAAGCUGCUAAAGUAAGAGCAUCAUAUGCCAGCCAAGAGGCUAAGUUAAAAAUUGAAAAGGCUGCAAAAGAAGCUCAAAAUCAACUGGAAACUGUAAGAAUAGACACUGAGUUGGAAGUGCUAACGCUACAUAGAGAAGCUGAUGCAGCCGCAGUGGAGGCACAAGUGCUGGAAGAUGCUGAACUAUCAAUGCAUGCUGCAGUUGAAAGGGGAAGAUCUGAAUCAGAGAAAGUUAAAAUUGAACGUACAAGUGAAUAUGUCAAUUCUCAAAUCAACCUUCAGAGUCAUUCUCCCUCUCCAGUCUUAUCGGCCUUACCUGUCACUCCUCCAUCCCACAUUGACUCACAUAACAGCUUCAUAACAUGGAGUCCGCCUGUGAAAGACAUUUCACAUAAACAGUCUAUCCAUAAGCCAAAGUCUGAGAAAGCUGAUAGUAUGCACUUACCCUCAACAAACCUACCUGAUCUGUCUGCAGGUGCGAUGAAGUCUGAAGUCAGAAGCCCCAUCAUGAAUAUGCACGCAAAGUCAUAUGUCCCUCGAUACAUUCCUCAAGUUAACACGCCACCUCAAGCAGAGCCUUUGGCACAGUAUAUAGCACGACGGGACCUUGUUAAUUCAGGACUGUAUCAAUUUGAUGAUAAGCCCGAAAAUUAUCGGUCAUGGUAUUCUUCAUUCACCAGUGCAGCUCGUGAAGUUCACCUCACAGCAAGCCAAGAGUUAGACCUCAUGACUAAAUGGCUGGGAAAAGAAUCUGGCGAACAGGUGAAACGCAUCCGCUCAGUGUAUGUCAACAAUCCCAAUCUCGCUUUACACAAAGCAUGGGAGAGACUAUGUGAGUGCUAUGCUGCACCAGAAAUCAUUGAGCAGUCACUAUUUCAGAGGUUGGACAGCUUUCCUAGGAUUUCAGCAAAAGACCACACCAAAUUACGAGAACUUGGAGAUUUACUUAUGGAAAUCCAAGGUGCUAAAGAAGAUGGUUAUCUCACAGGUCUGUCAUACCUUGACACUUCACGCGGAAUUGGACCAAUUGUAGACAAGCUUCCAUAUGGGCUUCAGGACAAGUGGGUGAAUUCUGGUUCAUUCUACAAGGAAGAAAACUACGGUCAGUUUCCUCCCUUUGAGUAUUUCUGUAACUUUGUGUGCCAUGAGGCAAAGAAACGAAAUGACCCUAGCUUUAUGCAUCAAAGCAGUGCUACAGCACCCACAAAACCUGACAGAUCCAUUGUGAAGAGUUUCCAUACCAACAAACCCGUCUCAGUGCAUAAAACAAACGUGUAUGCGGUCAAUGACGACCCUAAUAAAAACUGUCCAUUGCACAAUAAACCACACCCCUUGAAAAAAUGCAGAACAUUCAGAAACAAACUCCUCGAUGACAGAAAGGCCUUCCUCAAGGAGAAAGGAAUAUGUUUCAAAUGCUGCUCUUCGGUUUCGCACCUCGCCAAAGAAUGCAAGUCUUCUGUGAAGUGCAUGGAAUGUGGCAGCACUAAUCAUGAUGCGGCCAUGCACCCAGGCCCAUCACCUCAAGCAGCUAAGGCUUCUUCACCACCACAAGAGGAUGGCGGGGAGGGAGAAGAUGGUUCUAACACGGCUCUUGUCAGCACAAGCUGCACAGAAGUUUGUGGUCAAGGUCAGUGGAGCCGCUCAUGCUCAAAAAUCUGCCUUGUGAAGAUAUACCCCAAGGGUUCCAAAGACUUGGCCAUCAAAGCCUACGUAAUUCUGGAUGAUCAAAGCAAUUGUUCAUUAGCUAGACCAGAGUUCUUUGAGCUGUUCAACGUGGAGAGCAAACCAUUUUCAUUUAAUCUCAGAACUUGCUCUGGCAUUAUAGAAACAUCUGUGCAGUUCUACACCAGCCCCAUCUUCAAAACAUUGCCAAGCACAUUCCAGAACUGGAACCAGAAGCAGAAAUACUUCUGUUACUUGGAAGAGAUGUCAUAA